CUAUCGGAAGGAAGCUAAUGCACAUCACGUAACGCGUUUCUAAGGUAUCGGCCGAGGUUUCGGUAAGCUGAACGUGGGCAAAGUUCACGAGAAUGGAGCAUUUGGAUGAGAAUCGAACCUCUGGGUCGGCAAACAUCGAGGCGACGACUGAUAGCGCGGAAAAUGAAGAUGGCUUCGAUCUCGACGAUCUUUUACCGAUCGUCGGUGAAUUCGGCCGUUAUCAGAAACAACUUCUCUGGCUCGUGUGCCUUCCGGCGUGUCUCCCAUGCGGCUUUUGCGCCUUCAACCAGCUGUUCAUGGCCGACACGCCACCCCACUGGUGCAAAAUACCGGGGUUGGAGAGUCUGGAUGUCUCUCGAAGAAGGAGACUCGCGAUUCCGACCAUUCAGGACGACAAUGAAACGUACAGUCAAUGCACGCGAUACGAUAUCGAUUGGACAGCGGAAAACAUUUCCGUCGUGACAACAGCCUCGUUCGUGCCAAAUUCAUCGUGGCCGGUUGUUCCAUGCGAUCAUGGUUGGGAGUACGAGAUGUCGGAAGUGAAAUCUUCUAUCGUUAUCGAUUUUAAUCUCGUAUGCGAUUAUGCGAUUUAUCCAACGAUCGGAUUAGUCGCUUUAAACACAGGUGGACCGAUCGGGGUGUACCUUUUCGGUACCUUGAAUGACAGAAUUGGCAGAAGAUUGUCCUUCUUCACGUGUCUGGCCACUCUGAUAACCGGUGGAUUUUUAACAUUCAUAUCGAACAGCUUCUGGACAUGGGCCGCAACAAGGAUGGUCGUCGGUUUGACCAUCCCAGCCAUUUAUCAAAUUCCCUUUAUCAUAUCUUUGGAACUGGUUGGUCCAAAUUAUCGAUCAUUCGUGACAGUGAUGACUUGCAGUUUCUAUACAAUGGGAUUGUGUAUGCUGGCCGGUGUCACGUACUUGAUAAGAGAUUGGAGAACGUUAGCCAUAGUCACGAGUGCGCCAUUUCUUUUGUACAUCUUAUACUGGUGGUUCUUGCCAGAGUCACCGAGAUGGUUGUUGGCGAAAGGUCGGUUGGGCGAGGCGAACGAUAUCUUGGAACGAUUGGCAAAAGUAAAUGGAAAAGAGUUGCCGCUUUCUUUCACGCAAAAAUUACGACAACGUAUGAUGAUGUCACGGUCCAAAAGUGAAGAAGAGAGAUUACGUAGCGGUCCCGGUGUUUUAUCACUCUUCAAAACUCCAAACAUGCGAUUAAAAACAUGUUUGAUCACUCUAAAUUGGUUCGCGAACAACAUGGUCUACGUUGGAUUAUCGUAUUAUGGGCCAGCAUUGGGUAACGAGGAACACUUGAGCUUCUUCUUCUCAUCUCUUGCCGAGAUUCCUAGCUACAUGGCUUGCUGGGUCGUGAUGGAUCGAUGGGGUCGCCGUUGGCCUCUUUGCUUGAGCAUGGUGGUGGCUGGAAUCUCGUGCAUUACCACAGUUCUUUUGUCACCCGAUGCGGUUGUGACCACGCUAAUUCUAUUCCUCUUAUCGAAAUCCGCGAUAUCGGCCUCCUUUCUAAUUAUAUAUCCGUUCGCCGGUGAACUUUACCCCACGCAAUUGCGCGGCGUAGCGAUCGGUUUCUCUGCCUACAUCAGUGGUCUGGGACUAAUAAUCAUUCCCUUUGUUACGUAUCUCGGCAAGGAAAACUUGGUGCUGCCCCUCGUAAUUCUUGGCGUCGUAUCUGUAAUCGGCGGAUUGUCAGGCCUGCGUUUGCCCGAGACUCUGCAUCAUCGAUUGCCCCAAACCGUCGAGGAAGGGGAAUUGUUCGGCAAAGAUUGGACUUGUGCCGAUUGUUUUCGCUGCGUUCCAACCAAACCUUCGUCGGCCGCGGCGUCUUACGAGGAUCUGUCGGCGAGAGAGACGGUGGAGAUGCACGAAGUACCCGAGGCACCGAUACCUCAAAGGCUGUUGGAGGAUCAGCAAAGACCGAGCGGAUCGAGCGUGAAUCACCGGAAGCGAUUUCUUUUCUGGGAGAGAAUCGCUUUGAGGGGCGACAUGUCGGAGACUUUGAGCGCGAGAAACGAGGCUGUGACUCGUGCACAGGUAGAAAGCGAAGAAAAUAGAAAAGUGGCGGGCUGCUGGCCACCACUCUAUACACCACAUGUAUAGAGAGAUCCUUUGGGGUUGAUGUCGAAAAGAGGCAGUGCAGGGCCACGAUGUUUCGCGAGCCGGCGAAAAAGGGUCGAGGGUGAAAAGGACAGAAUUGAAUUCACUGUUGGUAAAGGGGAGAGAGGGGUGAUACGGUGCCAUUAUCAAUUUACAGGGAUCAAAGGCAGCGUGACGCGACGCUAAUUAGUCCGCUGCAACGUGACGCUGGAAACAGCCACGUGCAAGUUUCGAAUGCUCGAAAUAUACUCACUCGUACGAAAGGAUACGCGAAAAUCUAAUUGCGGCCUGGAUCUGGACGGCAAACAACUUUCCACGAUUUUCGAAUGGUAAUUUCUGGGCGGAAGGAUAUUUAAUCGUGUCGCGAUAUAAAUCUCGAGUUGCUUUUUAAUUUUA